GGGUGGAGAAUCACUAGGAGACCAUGUCGCUACCGAUCCCUCAAGAUGGGCAGACUGGACGGAUGGCCUCAACAUGCUCAGAAGAGAUGGUGGUCACGUUGCGACGUCCGAAACAGCAGAUUUUGUGCAUGCCUUAACUGAAAUCGGUCUGAAGAUUAAGCUCUUAGAUUUAUCCGGAGAGAAGGUCGAUAUUCCGUCCUCUCUCAUGCCUGGAUCUCCUCCGGUGGCGAGACGCGGAACCGAGGAAAAAGCCACGCUAAAGAGAUCCAGGAUAUAUGGUGAGGACACUAAGAGUGGUGUGGCGACAAGGAGAUGGUUUUCGGUGAAAAAGAGAGCCAUGAAAAUCACCCAAAAGAUUGCCAAGGCAGAAAAAGAAGACAGAAUAUGGUGGUCUUUUGAAUAUUUUCCACCCCGUACCGCCCAGGGUCUACAAAACCUUCUUGAUCGUAUAGAGCGCAUGCGAGGACUAGGGCCUGAGUUUAUCGAUAUCACUUGGAAUGCUGGUGGUAGAACAUCCGACUUGACUUCUGAGCUUGUGAAGACUUGUCAGAAAUUGAUCGGGAUAGAAACCUGUAUGCAUCUAACUUGCACCAACAUGCCCAAAGAGAAGGUCGAUAUAGCCUUACGAGAGGCAAAACUCCAUGGAUGCCGUAAUAUUCUCGCUUUGCGAGGAGAUCCCCCAGCUGGUCAGGACGAAUGGACAGCAACGGAAGGUGGUUUCGUUCACGGAAUCGAUCUCGUCCGACAUAUCCGAAAGCACUACGGCGACUACUUUGAGAUUGCCGUAGCAGGAUUUCCAGAACAUCAGAUGCUGCCUGAGGAAGAACUCCAAAAAGAGCUAGCAUGGCUUAAGGAAAAGAUAGAUGCUGGUGUUUCGUUCAUCUUUACACAGAUGUUUUACGAUAUUGACGUGUUCGUCAAAUGGGUACAUAAUGUCAGGAAAGCGGGCAUUACCGUUCCGAUCGUACCAGGCAUCAACCCUAUUAAAACAUGGAAUGGGUUCAUGAAAGCCACAAGCCUCGCCAAAAUCACUAUCCCUCGAUCAUUUUUAGAUGUUCUAGAACCUCACAAGAACAACGACGAAAUGGUCCGUGAACUUGGAACCAAGCUGGUUACCGACCUCUGCCGGAAGAUCCUCAGCGCAGGUUUGG